UCCCUCUGCAAUUAUAUUCCUCUCCUUUCCUUCAUACACUCAUCAGCUUCUUAUUUCAUUUCCCCCCUUUUCCAACCAAAACCAAAAGGGUACAAUAUGGAUGGAUCAGGACAUGGUGGGAGCAGUGUGGACAUGUUCUUAAGGAACUAUAAGCUUGGGAAGACUCUUGGCAUUGGUUCAUUUGGAAAGGUGAAAAUUGCAGAGCAUGUUUUGACUGGUCACAAAGUUGCUAUAAAGAUCCUCAAUCGCCGCAAAAUAAAAAACAUGGACAUGGAAGAAAAAGUUAGAAGAGAGAUCAAGAUAUUAAGAUUGUUUAUGCAUCCUCAUAUUAUCCGGCUUUAUGAGGUUAUAGAGACACCAUCGGAUAUAUAUGUUGUUAUGGAGUACGUUAAAUCUGGUGAGCUGUUUGAUUACAUUGUGGAGAAGGGUAGAUUGCAGGAGGAUGAGGGACGAAAUUUUUUUCAGCAGAUAAUCUCUGGUGUGGAGUAUUGCCACAGGAACAUGGUAGUUCACAGAGAUCUUAAACCUGAGAACCUGCUUUUAGAUUCCAAGGGCAAUGUCAAAAUUGCUGACUUUGGUCUCAGCAAUAUCAUGCGUGAUGGUCAUUUCCUGAAAACAAGCUGUGGAAGUCCUAAUUAUGCUGCCCCAGAGGUCAUAUCUGGGAAGCUCUAUGCAGGACCUGAGGUUGAUGUGUGGAGCUGUGGUGUUAUCUUGUAUGCCCUUCUCUGUGGUACUCUUCCUUUUGAUGAUGAAAAUAUUCCGAACCUCUUCAAAAAAAUUAAGGGUGGAAUAUAUACCCUUCCGAGCCACUUAUCACCUGGGGCAAGAGAUCUAAUCCCAAGGAUGCUUGUGGUUGAUCCCAUGAAGCGAAUAACGAUUCCUGAGAUUCGUAUACACCCGUGGUUCCAGCUUCAUCUUCCACGCUAUUUGGCUGUUCCUCCACCUGAUUCUGUGCAGCAAGCAAAAAAGAUGGAUGAAGAUAUACUUUUAGAGGUCGUUAAGAUGGGGUUUGACAGGGACACGCUCGUUGAGUCGCUUCGCAACCGCGUUCAAAAUGAGGGUACUGUGGCAUAUUACUUGUUACUAGACAACAGGUUUCGUAACUCAAGUGGCUAUCUUGGAGCUGAAUUCCAGAAACCUAUGGAUGGAUUCCACCGCAUGAGUUCGAAUGAGGCCACUGCUUCGACGAUGCUGCAGCGCCCUACUACAUUAAUGGAUUAUCAUGGAAUAAAUGUUAGAAGCCAAGUUGAGAGGAAGUGGGCUCUUGGGCUGCAGUCUCGAGCCCAUCCUCGUGAGAUAAUGACGGAAGUCCUGAAAGCUUUGCAAGAGCUGAAUGUGUGCUGGAAAAAGAUAGGCCACUACAAUAUGAAAUGCAGGUGGGUUCCUGGCAAUCAUGAAGGCAUGAUGAAUGACUCUAUGCAGAGUAACCAUUACUUUGGAGAUGAGUUGACCAUUGUAGCCGACGGUGCCCUAACCUCCCCCAAUGUGGUCAAAUUUGAAGUCCAGCUUUACAAAACACGGGAAGACAAGUAUCUGCUUGAUCUACAGAGGAUCCAGGGACCUCAAUUUCUCUUCUUGGACCUUUGUGCUGCAUUUCUUGCUCAGCUUCGUGUCCUCUAGAAGACUAGUGACUAAGCAUAAUAGCCUAAUUUUGGAGACCAGCUUUCUCCUUGAAUCCAUUUGUACUGGACUGCUUGCGAAGAAAAGCGAUGCUGUUGUAAAUACCAUGUCUUCUUUCGAUUAGGGUACUAUGUGCAUCUCAGCUUCUAUCUGUAUGCGACUCUUGUGAGCCAAUAUUUUUUCUGACUCACUACGAGUCCAGGCUCUGCCUCGGUUUCUUAAAAUAGCAACUUUACUUUGCUGACAUUUUUAUGCAUGGUGAUGUCUGUACAAUUAUCCUCGCUUGAACCUAUGAAGUAUGAACGCAAUUGCAAUAGCCAUAUGUACAUUCUUUGGCUCUCCUGUUCGAUGCCAAGGUUCACAUUGUCGUUGAUGGCUUAGACUAUAGAUGGUUAUUGAUGGUGUAUGAUGCCUUUUCUAGUCUUUAUUCAUACCAUCAGGAUCUGUCAUUUAAUCUUCA